AUGGGUUUAAAAAUUUGGACAGCUCAUAUAGGGGUACUACAAAUCGCACUUGUCGUUCAAAUAGUUUUGAUUAUCCAAGUUGCGAUCGAGAUAAUUCGAAGUGGACGAAGCACUGGAAAUCCUCAAAAUGCCAAGCACAAGAAUAUCGCAAAGACUGUGAUAAUUCUUACACCGAUUCUCUUCCUCACCGCCUUUCCUUAUUUCUUACUGAAACAACUACAGUUCUUGGCAAGGCUGGGAUACUUUGAUCAUGAUAAAACCGCCGGAUCAUUACUUCAUAACCUCUCCUAUCGCUACGCACCAAUUGCCAUGCUAAAUUUCGCGGCUAACCCAAUUCUGUAUGCCCUACGUCUACCCGACUACAGGGAAACUUUGCUCGCUUUCGUUG